UCAUCUUUUUUAUCAUAAAGUACCUCCCAUUUGUUGCCCUUUUGUCUUUUGCCUUCAUUCCUUCUCCAUCACUAAAUGCUCUUUGCCUCCUCAUUUCAGUUUUGUUCACAACUUUUGCUAUAGGAUUUGCAGAUUAGGGCAAAAGCUCCCUUCUCCAAUUAGGGUUUCACCUCUGAGGGUUUCAUCACUAGUGGUAAUUUAAAGAACCUGUGAAGUACUUUCUCUUUGUUACUUUGUAACCAGUUUUCUGAGAGAGCUCUCACAAAGAUUAUAAAUAAAAAAAAGCUAGGCUAGCUAGAGAGGAAAUAUAUAUAUAUAUAUAUAUGGCUUCAUCCAGCUGCUACAAUUCCCCAUGUGCUGCCUGCAAAUUCCUAAGGAGAAAAUGUCUGCCUGGUUGCAUCUUUGCACCUUAUUUCCCACCUGAGGAGCCACAGAAAUUUGCCAAUGUCCACAAAAUCUUCGGGGCCAGCAAUGUGACCAAGCUUCUGAACGAGCUCCUCCCUCACCAGAGGGAGGACGCCGUCAACACUUUGGCCUAUGAGGCCGAGGCAAGAGUCAGGGAUCCCGUUUAUGGGUGUGUUGGCGCAAUCACUUUCCUCCAACGGCAAGUCGAGCGCCUCCAGAAGGAGCUCGACGCUGCCAACGCGGAUUUAAUUCGCUAUGCUUCUUGCAACGAUGUUUCAGUGCCGUUGGUUGGACCCCAAAGGGAGUAUGAAUUGGGAGGUUUUCAUCAAACACAUAAUUUUCCUUUCCCUUAUCCUCCCCCAUGGAAUGAUCAAAGCCCUUCUGGAGGCCAUGGAAGAGGAGAAGAUAAUUGAGCCUAAUUUAUAGAGGGUUCAGGUUUCUUGGAUCAUUUCCUUUAAUUUCCUACUAGUAGUUUUUUUGGACCUCUUUUUAAAAAAUGGCGUGCUUUUUAAAUACUAGUGCUAUGGUUGCUAGCUAGCCCUCCUCACAUGCAGUUUCCUAGCUAGACUGAGUAACUAUGGCGUAAAUUUGGGGAGUUUAGACUUUUAGUAUAUGUGCUGCCUAAAAUGAACUCUUCCUCUAAGUAUCUUAUGUGUCAUAUUCAGAGACGACCUAAAAUGUGGCAUGGCAAGUCUAUGGUUGCUACAUUUUCUGUGCUAUUAUUGAGAGUCUAGAAAAAUGUCCAUGUGAACUGUCCUAUUUAUGGGAUUUGUUUAUGGUUUAUUAAUAAUA